AUGAGAAACCAUACUAAAACCAAAGAGUUUAUUCUUCUGGGAUUGUCAGAUGACCCAAAGCUCCAGGUUUUGAUUUUUGUCUUUAUCUUCAUCACCUACAUCCUCAGCAUCACAGGGAACCUGACCAUCAUCAUUCUUACCUUGCUGGAUUCUCAGCUCCAGACCCCCAUGUAUUUCUUCCUCAGGAAUUUUUCUAUUUUAGAAGCAUCCUUCACAACUGUCUGUAUACCAAGGUUCUUGGCCACUAUUAUCUCAGAAGAUAAAACCAUUUCCUUCAACAACUGCAUAGCUCAGUUAUUUUUUCUUAUUCUAUUUGGCAUCACUGAAUUUUACCUUCUAGCUGCCAUGUCCUAUGACCGUUACAUUGCCAUCUGCAAGCCCCUGCAUUACCUGACUAUUAUGAGUCAGAAGGUCUGCACGAUGCUAGUCUUUGCUUGCUGGCUGGUUUCUUUCCUAAUCAUCUUCCCUGCACUUAUGUUACUUCUACAGCUUGAUUAUUGUGGGUCCAAUAUCAUUGAUCACUAUACCUGUGAUUAUUUCCCUCUUCUUCAACUUUCAUGUUCAAAUACAAAGUUUCUAGAAAGAAUUGGGUUUUCCUGUGCUGUCUUUACCCUAAUGUUCACUUUGGUGUUAAUAAUUCUGUCCUACAUAUGCAUCAUCAGAACGAUUGUGAAGAUUCCUUCUGCUAGUCAGAGGUCAAAGGCCUUCUCCACAUGUUCUUCCCAUAUGAUCGUAAUCUCCAUCUCUUAUGGCAGCUGCAUUUUUAUGUACAUUAAACCGUCAGCUGCAGAUAGAGCAUCAUUGACCAAGGGAGUUGCCAUACUAAAUACUUCAGUAGCCCCCAUGCUAAACCCCUUCAUUUAUAGCCUGAGGAAUCAGCAAGUCAAGAAAGCCUUUUUGAACAUAGCAAGGAAGAUGGUAUUUUUCACAAGUACAUCAUGUGGACUGUGA